AAAUCUAAAUUGAAGAAUAAUAUCAGGACGGAUGGAAUAUUACUUAUGGCUGAUGGCAUUGUUGUAAACAAUUGAGAUAACAAGCCCAUCAAUUUUGUCCAUAUUUGUAUUUCCAUAUAUCUUACAUAAAAGGCAAGAAUCGAGUUAAUCAUGAAGGAACACUCUGCUCGAGCAAGUUCAGCUAAUGACCUAAUGUAUACCAUGCAAUAAGAAUGGAUUUCCUUUAUAAGUAAGGAAUCUGAUCUCCGCCCCAAUACACCACAAAUGCCCUUGUACCUUCAGUUCUCCUUUCAUUUCUGCCGUCUCCCAAACAAAUUUGAAUAGACCAAGAGCUCUAUCAAGCUGUUUCAUUGCCCCCAAUAUCACAGUUUCUUCAUCUGAUGUCAAAAAUUUACCCAUACACAGGUAAAACACAUUUUUGCCUUCAGCGGGAUAAAACCCUCCGCUUACUUCCACCUCAAUAUCACGAACGCUCCCAUACAGAUAAUACAGCAGCAGCGAGUAAAGACACCGUGAUGAGUGACCCAAUGUCUUGAUGAGCUUCUUUUGCACCAGAUUUUCAUGGUGCCGAGUCUCUUUGUACCCAAUGUUUUUGUCCAUUAGAACAUCCCGAAUUUGAUAAAGACCUUCCUUCAUGAUCUCAAGCUUCGUUACAUGCGAAACAUACUCCUUCCUAUCACUCAAGCAGUUAAUAAGGUCAACGAACAUCUCAAGGACUUCCUCCCAUUUGUGAUUUCUGCUAUCUGCCUUUGCACCUUUGGAAGGUGCAAGGCGCAUCCAUGAAGUGGACUCGAGAUCAUAAGAUAUCGCAAUGUUAAUAUGCUUCAGACAACUGGCAACCACCUGCUGUGCCAUUUUAGUUUCUUUGCUCGGGUGCUUCUUAAUUUGAUAAUCAAUCUCGGUUCUCAGAUCAUUGAGUAUCUCUUCCAGUGCACCAGUCCAUAUCUUAUGCUCAGUUACCUGUGGCAGUAUUUUGAGCCUGACCAACUUCCUCUGUUGAGCCGAAACAUUCAAAAUGUUGGCAACUCUAGUAAGCGAAUUCAAAGUGAGAGGUCCCCUUUCACAGGGCUUACCAAAGAAAAUCGGCAAACCAUCACCAAACCUAGCCACUCCAUUCUUCCUAAUCGCUUCUUGCACGGUUGGACAACCAAUAAAUUCCCUAGAAAGUAACUUAAAAGCAAGCAUUUUCACUUCAAGCUUAUCAUCAAAGACUCUUGAAUUAUCACUAACACUAAAUAACCUUCCAUCAAUCAAGUCAAUACCUUUUAACAAUCCGGAUAAUUUCUUUAGCUUCAGAUAGGCCUUUUCAUACCAUUCAGUAGGCGAAAGCUCUUCCUGAGGAGACAUUUCCGGGGACUUAAUGGACAGAAAUCUCAAAUGCACCAGUCCAAUCUUUUUGGUUCUGAAGUACUUGGAUGAAUGUUGCACAAGGCCUUCCACAUGCUGCCAAUAAGCCAUGACCCAAAAUCUGGAGAAUAAAAAGUCCUCACACUUUCACCUGUUCCUUUCCCAGAAAAAAUCUCGUUCCGGCAUUUUAUCGAACAAUCUGAGGGCACUCUUUCUCCAGCAGUAGCUUGCCCACCAGUCUUAGUUUCAGUUCAGUUUCUUGCUUGAUCACCAACAACCCAGAAAACUAAGAAGCCUAAGCAGAGGUCUAGACGCCAUUCGCAGAUGAAAGAACGAAGUGAAUAAAAGUGGCUCAAUAAGCUUUCUUCUUCUUCUAAAAUAAAUGUGCCAGUUAAAGAGGGAAAAUACGACCAUUGAGUUCUUAAUAAUCAGGAGUAUAAAAAAGUAGACAUUUCUUUUUGGGAAAUAACAAAAGAAAAAAAAAAUUCUUUACUACAGAAAAAUAAAAUACUAGUACUAUAUAUCUUCAAGAUUAACUUUUUUUUAUUUUUACAGAAAAGGAUUCUUAUUCUGCUUCAUCGUCAUCAGAAUUCAGUGAACAAAAUCCACCUCUUCAGUGCCUCAGUUUCACUGGGAAAGAAGAUAAACAAUGGCUUCCCUUCAAAUAUCCAUCGACUUCCAACAACUUCUUCAUCUCCACCAUAAACCCUCUUUCCUAUUCAACCCAAUUACUACUACAAGAAUUGCAACCCAAUCCUUCUCUUCCUCUUCUUCUUCUUCUUCUUCUUCUUCUUCUUCUUCUUCUUCCUCUUCUUUCUCCUCACUUCUCACUUUUGCUCGCCGCAGGGGCAGCCACAACAAUCCUAUUAGCACUCAGAAGCCUAACGGAAGAAAGCAAAAAUCAACCAAGAAACAGUCACAAGAAGAUGAAGAUGAUGAUCCAUUUGAGGCUCUCUUCCGCCAGCUGGAAGAAGACUUGAAAAAUGACGGUUUAUCUUUCGAUGACGAUGAUGAGGAUAUAAGUGAAGAGGACCUUGCAAAGCUUGAACUUGAAUUGGAAGAGGUACUGAAGGAUGAUGAACUUUUUGGGGCUUUGGACUUGGUUGGGGAUGCAAAAACAGAAGAUGAUGCCAAAGAAGAGGACGAAAUAAUACAAAACGAGGAUGCUGGUGACCAUGACGACCAGGACAUUGGAGAAGAAUUAGAGCCAGAAGAAGAUGAUGAUGAUGACGACGAUGUAGAAAUGCCAGUCAAGCUAAAAAAUUGGCAGCGGAAGAGACUGGCUUAUGCCUUGAAGAAUGGUCGGCGUAAAACCAGUAUUAAGAACCUCGCAGCUGAUUUGUGUCUUGAUAGAGCUGUUGUCCUUGAACUACUCCGUGAUCCUCCUCCAGAUCUUUUGAUGUUGAGUGCUAGUUUACCUGAUAAACCAGCUUCAACGAUCCUAGAGCCAGUAAAUGAACCAACAGAAACAGUCCCUGUGGAGAUGAUAUCAGAAAUUCCAAAGCCCGCCGAGGAGGCUGCUGUGGGGAAGAAAGUGCCAAUUCAUGUGAUGCAGAGCAACUGGUCUGCUAAUAAGAGAAUUAAAAAAGCUCAACUUGAAACUCUUGAACUAGUGUAUAAACGAUCAAAACGACCCACGGUGAGUUUUUUUUUUUUUUUUAAUAAUUUUCUUGAAACAAUAGCUAGCUCAAAUACCAUUGACGCACUUCUGGAAAAACAAUGCACUUUGGGGGUAAACAAAUGUGAUCAUUAUAAGGUGAUUCAGUGAGGGUUUCAUUCUUGGUUAUCCUCUCUUGUUUCUUUUCUUUUUUUUUUUUAACGUCCAUCUCCCUUGUUUCCUUUUUCAAAAUAUCAUAAACUGUAAGCAGACGUUAGGCUACAUGAGGGCUCCGUCUGACAUAAAGCUGUUUGGUUUAGGCUUAUGUUUCUGAUAUCGGUGACUAAAGAUUUUCGGGAGAAUGAAGUAUAAAUCUGGUAAUUGUGGGUACCUGGGCAGAUAGAUUUGUUUAAUUUUUGUCAUAAGUACUGGUUCAAUAGUAGUUGAAAGAGGUAUCUGGAUCAUUAUGUGGAGAAAUUAUGGAGUCCAAGGAAAUUUAAAGGGGAAUAUUGAGAAGAUAUGGGUUUUGGGAGUUUUCCAUGUAUGGUUAUCUUAGGGUUUUGCUGCUGAAAUUCUUACUCUUUGCUGAAGAAACAUUGACCCUGGUUCUUGUUUUCCCGUCAGAAUGGCUGUGUUUCUUGACAUUUUCUACUUCUCCGCUUUGGUUCUUGAUAAUGACUUCAACCAGAGUGCAAGGCUUUGGAUAACAUAUUAGUCAAUGUACAUGAACAUUAUGCUCAAAUAAUUUUGGUUGGUAUUACAAUUGCAUAUUGUAAAUCACUCAUUUUUAAUUUUUAUUGUUUGAAAAAUAUUGUACAGAAUGCCAUGGUCAGCAACAUUGUGCAUCUAACAAAUUUGCCUCGCAAAAAGGUUUUGAAAUGGUUUGAGGACAAACGUGCUGAAGAGGGUGUCCCUGAGCGUCGCGCUCCUUAUCAACGUGGUCCUUCCCCUUCCGUGUUCACAUGAAAGAUGGGUUCCCCCCAAGCCUCUCUUAUAGCGAUUCUCCAACAUUGUCCACCUUUGCUAUGGAUUUAUAUUCUUUUUGUCUUAUAAUAGUGAUGUGUAGGGGUCAUGAGUAUGCUAAAGUUUUGCUAAAGUUCAACGGAAACAAGCAAGCAUAGGUUUUAGAUGAAGAAUGUGUAAGAUUAUGCUAAAUUUGUUGUUGGAUAUAUCAUUAUGUAUAUUCCAUAACAUUGUAAGGUUUAUGGAAAGGUGAUGACUUGACUUGACUAGAGGAAACCUAGUGUUCCAGGUGACAUGGCAAGCUUUUGGCUAGAUAUUACUCUUUAAGAUUUGGAGAAAUCACGUAGUUUCAAUUGUUUUUACCUUGC